CCCACCGUUUUACUUUCACGCCUCCAGUGUCGACCCUGAAUUCCGUGGGCGUGUUUGACUGUGAUGGCCUCGGGGACCAACGGCGCCGGUGGCGGCGUUGGUCCGCAGCUCUCCGGCAUCAAAACGGGACUCAUCUCGGGCCGGGCGGCGUCCCCCGCGGCGGCGUUCGCCCCCGGCCUGAGGAAGUACCCCCAGGAGGGGGCGAAGACCCCCCCGAAGGCCUCCUGCAGCCAAGCCAGGGCCCUGCUGGUGAGCCUGUCCGCCUCCGGCCUGAGCGCCGAGGCCCUGCUCCUCUCCUCCACCCUCCGCCGCCGCCGCCUCCUGCGCGAGCAGCGAGCCUCCUCCUCGCCCCCGCCCGGCAGCCGCUCCACCCCGGCUACUCCCACUGCUUCCUCGCCCUCCCCGCCCUCGUCCUCUUCGCCCACCACGCCGACUCCGUCCCUGUCGCCCUCCUCUCCCAUCCUCGCCUGCGGCUCCCGAACCCAGCGGUCGUAGCUCCGGCCUCAACGGCUGCAAGGCGGGCGGCAGCGUGCACGUGGAUACGGACCUCGGAGGAGGAGGAGGAGGAGGAGGAGGAGGAAUUCAAACACCAUCACAUCAUGAACCACAAAGACAAACUACAUUAUGGGAUGCUCCAGCAUUGUUUGGUGUCCUGUUUUAUUCCAGGAAUUCUUCUCCUCUCUCUACUUUUGAUUUCACACUUUCACGACCAGAACUCGAGCAGAACUCUGACCCGAUGCGGCCCGGAGGCGGUCUGGGUGGAUGUACCGGCAGCAGCAGUCUCAUAGAGACCCCCAUCGCUCACAAAGGGGGUUCUUAGUGGAGUAGACGUAAUUUCUAAACCGUGACAUUUAUCAGAAGAAAAAAAAAAAUAGAGCUACAAUAACCGCCAAGUGAGUCCAGUAGUUGUGUGUGUUCAGGAUAAUAUUUGCUCUGAAAAAAAAAAAGAUCACGAUGGUGACGAUUGUGGUUUCACACUGUUUGGUGUUAAGUGGUAGGUUGUGGGCGUGGCCUGUGUUUUAGACUCUGAACUGGUGCUACGUGUUCCCCUCUGUUUCUACACGCUGUGUAAAGAGUUUACAUGGUCGUCCUCCCCGAAACUUUAACCCGCGCUUUGUUUUUUUAACGUGUCUUCUUUGAGUUCACGGACAUGCCUCCGCCUACAGACUGAAGACGAGCGACGAGGAACGUUCAACUGGAAAAGUGUAUUCACGAAAAAGCACAUCGUUCGGGGACCGGAGUUAUAACGGCACAUUUCUAUUAGUAAUAGAACCACAAGGGGGGGGGGGGGGCAAGGCGUGUUGAGUUUCUCUCCAUACGUGUGUGUAUUAACUCGUUAAUUAUGACAAUCAGGAUGUUUCCGCAGUAGCGUCCAACAGGUUGCUCUGGCGUUUUAGCACCUGACAUCACAAGCCUUCCCAAAGACUUGAGCACACACACACACACACACACACACACACACACACACACACACACACACACACACACACACACACACACACACAAGCAGUUUGCAGAAGCACAGAGACAGACUCGAGAUACAUAUUUAGUCGUUUCAGAAUAUCUCGUGAUAUUUCUAAGCCACAUCUGUUGCACCGCUGAUGGUGACGGAGCUGUGAGACGGGUCGGCUGGGUUCUACUGACGCACUCUUUUAUUCUCAUCUUCAAGGUUAUGAUGACGGGAAGCAACGUCCAAAGUAUUUAGCAGUGUGUACGUCUUAUUGUAAAACAUAACACCUUUGAACAAGAAAAAAUAUCAUAUAUAUAUAUAUAUCUUUCACUGCAGUGAACUGAUGGCACUUCAACGUCUUCGACCCUUUUACAUUGAAGGAUGAAGAAAUCGGCACAUUAUAAAUGAGAAUAUAGAAAUGUAAAACGUGAGCACAGUUUCCUCCCGAGACACUUGACCCUUUAAUCUAAUGUUGUGAAUCUGCCUAAAUAUGAUGAGCACAAAGCUACACACGUUCCCCGCCGCCCGUCAGAUUCCCAACAUGGCCAAUCGCCUCGUUUGCUUUCAUUUCCUGCUUGUUGAAACAUUCAUGAAUGUGAGGCCUCUGGUGGGCAUCAGUGAGCGGCAUGUCACAUCAGAGGCCCGUCAGUGUAAACCCGGCAACAAUGCCCACUGGUCACAGACAACGGGAUUACUUUCCAUUUGUUUUGAGUGAAAUUCGAUCAUUUGUGGCAUUGAGAUUAAAACAUGUGCAAAAGGGGGAUUGUGAUAAAGAGGAAAGGGGAUUAGUUUGGGGGGGUCGUGUUAUCAGGCCGGCUUUGACCCGACUCCAUCCAGAGUGCUGGUUGAUGUGAACGGGCCAAUGAGAUGAGAGGAGGGCCCUUCAGCAGCUGCUCUUUGUCUUCGGUGUGAGAUGAGAGCCUCAGCUGAGGUUAUCCCACAUCUGAUCGAACUCACGAUGGACACGAUGUGCAAUAUGUAAAAGGCACUGUGGCACACGUUCUGUGGUCGCCCCCCCGGGGCCUCAAGGCGUCAGGUGAUCUCUGUUCCAGUAUUAGACCGGCAGCCGGGUCAGAAGAACCCGUUGACCCAAAGAAGAGGCUACGCUGGAGCCCAUUGGCUCGUUCCCUAUUUAUUUUUUGGGGGCGUCCUUGCGUCUGCGUCGUGGCGCCGGCGGCGUUUGACUGAACGCUCCCCGAGCUCGCGGCACACACGGCGACUCCAAGCCUCGACCCGCCUCCGGGCGGGUUCAGGCCUCCGGGUUUCAUAUCGCGGGAAGUCGGAUGACAGGAAUUCACUUUUCACGCUCGGAUCCAUAAAACUCUUUGAGUUAAAUGUGCCCCUCCCCCCCCCCCCCCCACCGAGUAAAGCGUGGGAUGGACUGCGUGGCCGCGCUCUCUGGAAGGAUUUUUGUGAACUCACGUCUCACACACACACACACACACACACACACAGUGGAUCCCCCCCCCCCCGGCAAUCAGAAAGAAACCCAAUGCAAACUUGAAAUGAAACAUAGAAGAAAUAUACAUAUAUAAAUAUAUCUAAGGGAGAUGUUUGUGUAUGAUAUUAUAAUUGUGAAGAAAAGUGUGACACAUAUAUAUAUAUAUAUAUAUAGGCCUAGAUUAAAUGAUAUACUGUCAAAUGUCAUCAUCUCUUCAGUUUUAUAUAUCCGUGACCAUUUUGUACAGAUUCUUUUCUUUUUUAAGUCAUCGAGAGAGAUAUUACAUUUCACACCGAGAUUAAUUAUUCAUACGCGGAACAUUUUUAUAUUUGUUUAAAGAAUAUCUGUAUUGAUAGACAGUUAGCCUCUAAUAUAUAUAUAUAUACGCUGAAGUUCAUUUUUUUAUUCUAGGUUCCAGGAGUUAGAUUUUAUUUUGAAAAGCGCAUCCCUGAAAAUGCUCGUUCAGCUCCUCUGCACCUUUGCCUCUUUAAAGGUGAAAGGUCACCAUUGAGGUGUGGGGGGGGAGGGGGGCUGGACUAGUGCCUGUGCUUAAGGGGCUUAUUUUGCUUCUAUCCUUUUGAUUUCAGGGGCUAUUUUCUGUUUGUUUUUUUCGGGUUCCACCCCAUCCUGUAUUUGUGAUUCAGCUGGUGAGUUGGAGUCAGACACAUUGUUGUGUAACUGCUGUGAAAAGGUGAGUUCAUGGGCCCCCGAGGGAUCCGGGGGGUGAAGUAAGUUACACAGCUUUAAUUUGUGCUCCUCCUGGAUGGAAGAACGUGUCGCUGCACCGGGGGGCUUUAAGUGAUGGAUCAAUGAGGGGCGUGGAGUAAAAAGUUUAAUCUCUUCCUUUGCCAUUUUUUAUUUUUUAAAUAACGACCCGACCGUCCUAUAUAGUAUGUAUAUGAGAUUUUUACAUGAAUGUGUGGAUGUUCAAAAAUCUUGGCAUCAAAAAGUAUCGAGAAACUACAAAUGUACUUUGUAAAUAGGCCGAGUCGUUCCUAUAUGCGAGUUCAACGUCCGAGGGCAGAUGUUUUUAUUCAUAAAUACUACGAUGACGAUGGGUACACAACGGUAUGUAUAGGUUAAAACAAUGCAUGUAUAGUCUCAAGCAAUCGCACGGUGCAGUCGAGAAAAAAAAAGAUUUUUAAAAAAAAGUUGUCGACGUGUUUUUCUCCAAAAAAAUGAGAGAGAGGGAGAGGAAAGCGGUUUUACGUAUUCGGGGUUUCACAAACAUGAGUGAAGAGAUAUUAUUUGGGUAUCUCUGACACAGGCAUGUUCAGUGUUACUGUGAUGUUAUGUGACGAUGAAGAUGAGGAUGACGAGGUGAAGGAUUCUCGAACACUUGAACGCACCAUCCACAACCAGAGACGUCACCGGUGAUGGUGUGUGUAUGUGUGUGUGCGCUCUUCCCACUGAGCGAUACUCCCAUUUUGUAGAGUAGUUUGAUAUAAGAACAAAACAUAUUACAGAAAAUAGAUCUAUAAUAUAAUGAUAUAUCGAUUUAAAAAGCCUACCGAUACUGGGGAUAACUAAUCUAUCAGUGUGGAUGAUAUCCUGUGAGAAAUGUGUGUGUUUUUCCCGUGAGGAGACAGUUGAAUCUGCCUUCUUUUGUACAUACAUUUGCUGUGAUUGUGCGUCCAAUAAAGGUGCAGCUCUCUUGUACGGUG